UAUCAACAUAAGACAUCCCUUGCGGCUCAAAAGGAAUUUGGACCAAGAGAAACGAUCAAAUUGCCGGGCUUAAUUAGGAUGGCUCACAGACACCAUUAGAGUGAUUCUCUCUUCUUCUGUCAAAAUCCACUCCAAACCUCUGGUUUUCUUAAUCACCUGAACAAGGAAAAAGAAUAACGAAACAAUCAUUUUUCUCAGAACAGGCGGGGCAAGGAUCUUCUCCGUCCUAGCCCCUGCAUUAAGAUCUCCAUACCCAGAAUCAAUGCUCCUUCAAGGCUUCAAUAAUGCUAAAUCCAUCACCAUCUUGAAUCGUUUUUUCUGAAAAAAUUCACCCAAAAACAGAGAAAUGGAGAAAGGGACAAUGGUGAUGCAUAAGUACCAAAUUGGGCGAUUGCUGGGGCAGGGGACCUUCGCCAAGGUGUACCAUGCCAGAAACACGAAAACCGGCGAUAACGUGGCGGUGAAGAUCAUCGACAAAGAGAAAGUGUUGAAGGUCGGUCUGAUCGAUCAGAUCAAGCGCGAGAUCUCUGUUAUGAGGCUGAUCAAACACCCAAACGUGGUCCAGCUUCAUGAGGUUAUGGCCAGCAAGACCAAAAUCUACUUCGCCAUUGAAUAUGUCAGGGGAGGGGAGCUUUUCAACAAGGUCGCCAAGGGGCGGCUCAAGGAGGACGCCGCCCGGAGAUACUUCCAGCAGCUGAUCGCGGCGGUCGAUUUCUGCCACAGCCGCGGCGUCUACCACCGCGAUUUGAAGCCGGAGAAUCUCCUUCUCGACGAAUCUGGGAACCUCAAGGUCACGGAUUUCGGGCUCAGCGCUCUGGCGGAGUCCCGGCGGCAGGACGGGCUCCUCCACACCACCUGCGGGACGCCGGCGUACGUCGCGCCGGAGGUGAUCACCAAGAGAGGGUACGACGGCGAGAAGGCUGAUAUUUGGUCCUGUGGGGUCAUCCUCUUCGUUCUCCUCGCCGGAUAUCUCCCGUUCCGGGAUUCUAAUAUCAUGGAGAUGUACAAGAAGAUCAGCAAGGGAGAUUUCAAGUGUCCCCGGUGGUUCCCGCCGGAGGUCAAGAAAUUGCUCUCCAGAAUUCUUGAUCCUAACCCUGUUUCCAGAAUUCCCCUGUCCAAACUCAUGCAAAAUUCCUGGUUCCAGAAGGGAUUCGUUCAAAUCCAACCAUCCCCCGAUCAAGAACUCUCUCCCCGGAGCGUUUUUGACAUCAUUGUCGACGAGGACCCGAUCCCCGCCGGAACUUCCGCCGGAAGCCUCGCCGGAGGCGCCCCCGGGUCCUCCGAUUUUUUGAUGAAACCGACCUGCAUGAACGCAUUCGACAUCAUAUCGCUGUCGCCGAGCUUCAACCUCUCGGGGCUGUUCGACGUUGACACGAACCGGAAGCCCGAGUCCCGGUUCACGACGCAGCAGACGGCGUCCACCAUAGUUUCGAAGCUCGAGGAGAUCGCCAUGACGGAGAGUUUCAGAGUGGAGAAGAAAGAUGGGACGGUGAAGCUGCAGGGGAGCAAACAGGGGAGGAAAGGGCAGCUGGCCAUUGAUGCGGAGAUCUUCGAGGUUACGCCGUCGUUUCACGUGGUGGAGGUCAAGAAAAGCUCAGGAGAUACCAUGGAGUAUAGGAAAUUCUGUGAGCAAGAUUUGAAGCCUUCUCUGAAGGACAUUAUAUGGAAAUGGGAAGGCAGUGACCAGCAGCAGUAACGGGAACAUCAACUUUGGCAGAAUUGAAUUUCUUCUCAGAAAUUACAUUUAAAAAUUAUUUUUUGUCGAGAUUAAUAAGCCAGUAUAUAUAAUUGGGUAUUAAUUGAUGACAGACGUCUGUGUUUAUUUAAGUGGAAAUAUGUUCAACCCAAACCUGUAGUAUGUUUUAGGGAUUUGCCAAUAGAGAAUAAAGCUCUUUUUUAGGAUUUGUUCUUCAUUAUUGCAUGCUAAAAAUGUGCCUACAUUGUCCACUUCUAUUGAUUGGAUUAUAC